AUGCUGUCGAACUGUACACAGCUGAGUGAACGACGCCUUGAAAGAGCCAAAAAAGACGCCGCUGUACAUAGAGAAACAAUAAUGCAGAUGAAAGCAGAUUUGGAGUUCAUUUUCAAAAAAAUUCGGCUUUUCAAAAACGCCUUAUCAACAACGUACCCACAAGUUUACAGUGAAGUCGAACAACAGUGCAAAUCCAAACUUACAGAGGAAAAAGAUGACGAAUAA